AGUGUCCUCUGACUUGCUCUGACUGAAACACACACAAAGACUGAAUAAGAAAGAAGGAAUAAAGGACAAAAAAGAUGGGAAAGCGGCACUUCUCAGGGUUAGAGGUGGCCCUGAUGAUGAUGUUUGCAUUGGUUUUUGUCCUUGCCCUUGGAGAGACAGCAGUCAUCAAAGAGGAGUCAGGGACAGAUUUAAACAAUAAAAUCGCCAUUGAAUGCCCCAACAUUCCUCAUGCAGAGAGAGUGGACUGUUUUCCGGAUGCAGGCGCUUCCCAGCAAACAUGUUUGGACAGAGGAUGCUGUUGGAGUCCCCUGGAUGAGGUUAAUGUCCCCUGGUGCUUCUUCUCCAAAAACCACGGCUACACUGUGGUCAGCAUGAACAAACCUGAUAACACACAUAUCGAGGCCAAGUUGAAGAGAAUGGGCUCUCCAUCUCUGUUUGGAGCUGAUAUUGAAGAGCUGAACUUCCAUGCUGACAUGCAGACAGAAAACCGCCUUCGAUUUAAGAUCACUGAUGCAAACAACGCCAGGUUUGAGGUUCCUCAUGAGCAUGUGAAACCCCCUUCCAGCCCCCCCACAGGACCACUAAAUUAUGAAUUGGAGCUGCUGAAUGAGCCAUUUGGACUGAGAGUUUGGAGAACAUCUCCAAAAAAAAUCCUGUUUGACACAACCAUGGGCCCACUGGUUUUUGCUGAUCAAUUUCUCCAGCUCUCUGCUAAACUUCCCUCUCACAACAUUUAUGGACUUGGAGAGCACAUUCAUCAAAACUUCCGCCACGACACCAACUGGAAAACCUGGCCGAUCUUUUCAAGAGAUGCUUUUCCCAAUGGCGGCACACACAACCUGUACGGCCACUAUCCCUACUUCACAUGUCUGGAAGAUGAGAGUGGCAAAUCCUUUGGCGUUUUCCUCAUGAACAGCAAUGCUAUGGAGGUAACAAUACAGCCUGCUCCGGCUGUAACCUAUCGAACCAUCGGAGGAGUUUUGGACUUUUACAUCCUGAUUGGAGACACACCAGAGGCAGUUGUGAACGAGUUCACGCAGCUGAUUGGCAGGCCUUUUAUCCCUCCAUACUGGUCCCUGGGCUUCCAGAUCUCUCGCUGGGACUAUGGCAGCCUGGAGGAAGUGAAGAGAACUGUAGAGAGGAACCGACAGGUCGGCCUUCCAUAUGAUGUCCAGUACACUGAUAUUGAUUAUAUGGAGGACAAAAAGAUCUUCACCUAUGAUAUGAAAAAUUUCACGGAGCUACCUCAGUUUGCAGACUACAUGCAUGAGAGGGGACAGAAAUAUAUCAUCAUACUGGACCCCGCAGUGUCCACAAGUCCAAGAGUGAAUGGAAACUACGAGACAUUUCUAAGGGGUAAUGAAGCUAAAGUUUGGAUCACUGAAGCAGAUGGGGAAACACCCUUACUGGGAGAGGUUUGGCCAGGGGAAACCGUGUUUCCUGACUUCACUAACCAGGCCUGCAUUGAUUGGUGGGUUGAUGAAAUUGUGCGGUUCCACAAAGAAGUCAAGCAUGAUGCUCUGUGGAUUGACAUGAAUGAGGUCUCCAGUUUUGUGCAGGGAUCCAUCAAAGGUUGUGCCGAUAAUAAACUAAAUAAUCCUCCAUACACCCCGAGUAUCCUUGAUGAGCUCAUGUACAGUAAAACCUUGUGUAUGGAUGCUAAGCAGAAAUGGGGGAACCACUAUGAUGUUCACAGUCUUUAUGGAUACUCCAUGGUCCUGGCCACAGAGAAGGCAUCGAGACAAGUGUUUGGGAACAACCGUUCCAUGGUCUUUACCCGUUCCUCUUUCCCUGGGGUAGGCAAAUACUCUGGACACUGGCUGGGUGACAAUGGCGCCAAUUGGAACGAUAUUAAGUGGGCCAUUCCUGGCAUGCUUGAGUUUAACCUCUUCGGAAUCCCUUAUAUUGGUGCCGAUAUCUGUGGCUUUUUCGACGACUCACCAGAGGAGCUGUGCAGACGUUGGAUGCAAGUCGGCGCAUUUUACCCCUUUAGCCGAAAUCACAACGCACAAAAUUACAAACCCCAGGAUCCUGCCUCAUACGGAGCAGACUCCCUGUUGGUGCAGACCUCCAAGCAUUACCUAAACAUCCGAUACACUCUUUUGCCAUACCUCUACACUCUCUUCUAUAAGGCCCACGUCAACGGAGAGACUGUAGCGCGUCCCAUUAUGCAUGAGUUCUAUUCUGACAGUGCAACCUGGACAGUGGACAGGCAGUUCUUGUGGGGAGCUCAUCUCCUAAUCACGCCUGUGUUGGAUCCUGGUGUAGACACAGUGAAAGCCUAUAUCCCAGACGCCAUCUGGUACGAUUUCGAGACGGAGAUGAAAAUUACAGAACGCAAGCAAACUGUUGACAUGCACCUGCCUUCUGAUAAACUUGGAUUACACCUGAGAGGCGGAGCUAUUCUACCAAUCCAAAGACCAGAUGUCACCACUACAUACAGUCGACGUCAUCCCAUGGGACUGAUCAUCGCUCUCGAUGACAACAAGAGUGCAUCAGGCGAGCUAUUUUGGGACGAUGGAGAUUCUAGAGAUACUGUUGAGUCCGGCAACCACAUUCAUUACCAGUUUUCUGUGGUUAAUGGUGUUCUGUCAAUCCACGUUGCUCACAAUGGUUACAGUGAUCCAAACAACUUGAAGUUUGAGAACAUCACAGUCAUGGGAAUGGACGGAUAUCCCGCUGUCGUGCUUUUGUCAGAUGGAACCACUUCUACUGCACUGGAUGAGUCCAAAAUACACUACGAUCCCAUCAAGCAGGUGAUGUAUUUGAGGGGUCUGGAAUUGGAGCUUGGGAAGGACUACACCAUCAGCUGGGAGGUCAAAGAGUUGGGCCGCUUCGAUUGCCACCCUGAGGAGAACAGCAAUGAGGCCAAAUGCAAAGCCCGUGGAUGUAUCUGGCAGCCUUCAGAUAUUCCUAAAGAGCCCUGGUGUUAUUACCCCGAGAACCAUGGCAACAUCGCCAGAAACCUGGUUCAGACAGAGAGUGGCGGGAAUUUAGCUCCAGACUCGGGCCGCUUCGAUUGCUACCCUGAGGACAACAGCGAUGAGGCCAAAUGCAAAGCCCGUGGAUGUAUCUGGCAGCCUUCAGAUAUUCCUAAAGAGCCCUGGUGUUAUUACCCCGAGAACUACGGCUACAUCGCCAGCAACCUGGUUCAGACAGAGAGUGGCUGGACUUUAGAUCUAGACCGCAAUCCCGAUUUUCCUAGUCCACGUUCUCUGUCACCAGACAUCAACAAGCUCCGUGUGGAAAUUACAUACCUUUCCGGCCACAGCCUGCGUUGGAAGAUCUUUGACCCAGUCAAUAAACGCUACGAGGUCCCGAUUCCCAUCACCCUGCCAGCCACACCAGAGACAAGUGAAGCCAAUAGGCUUUACACGGUCCAAAUCAGUGAACAGCCGUUUGGGAUCCAGGUGAUCAGAAAGAGCACAGGAGAAACAAUAUGGGACUCUGCUGUGCCAGGUUUCACGUUCUCCGACUUGUUCAUCCAGAUUUCCACUCGUCUACCCUCAAACUAUGUCUUCGGUUUUGGUGAAACAGAGCACUUAACCUACAAACAUGACCUCAACUUUCACACAUACGGCCUGUUUGCAAAGGACCAGCCUCCUGGAUAUAAGUUGAACAGUUAUGGUGUCCAUCCCUUCUACAUGGGUCUAGAGAAAUCAAAAGAUGCUCAUGGUGUCUUCCUGUUCAAUAGCAAUGCUAUGGAUGUGACCUUCCAGCCUACUCCUGCUUUGACCUACCGCACCCUUGGAGGAAUCCUGGACUUCUACAUGAUACUGGGACCCACUCCAGAAGCUGUAGUCCAGCAGUACACUGAGAUUAUUGGCCGGCCAGUUCUUCCAGCCUAUUGGACGCUUGGAUUCCAGCUUUGUCGUUAUGGCUACGCCAACGAUCAGGAGAUUGCAGAUCUUUACAGCCAAAUGAAAGCCGCUAAUAUUCCUUAUGAUGUGCAAUAUGCAGACAUUGACUACAUGGAGAGACAAAUGGAUUUUACCCUGGACAAAGAAAACUUCAUUGGACUUCCUGCUCUUGUGGACCGCAUGCGGGGCGAGGGAAUGCGUUUCAUCUUCAUUUUGGACCCAGCUAUAGCGGCCAAUGAAACCAAAGAUUCUUACCCUGCAUUCAAAAACGGAAUAGAGCAAGACGUUUUCAUCAAAUGGCCUCCAGAGCUUAGCAGUGACAUUGUCUGGGGCAAGGUGUGGCCUGACUAUCCCAAUAUUACGGUAGACAAUUCGUUGGACUGGGAUACUCAAGUGCAGCUAUUCAGAUCUUUCGUGGCAUUCCCUGAUUUCUUCAAGACAAGUACUGCAAAGUGGUGGCAAAAUGAGAUAAAAGAGUUUUACAACAAUGUCGCAAAGUUUGACGGCCUUUGGAUUGACAUGAAUGAGCCGGCCAGUUUUGUGCAUGGUACCGUCGGAGAGCAAUGUCUUGGUGAUUCCAAUCUGGAAAAUCCUCCAUACAUGCCUCCAUUGGAGUCCAAACACAAAGGUCUGAACCACAAGACUAUUUGCAUGAACAGUCAGCAUAUCCUCGCUGAUGGCACACGAGUCAGACAUUAUGAUGUCCACAACAUGUAUGGCUGGUCUCACACCAAACCCACUUAUGAUGCUCUCCAUAGUGUUACCGGGAAUAGAGGUGUCGUAAUCACCCGUUCCACGUACCCAUCCAGUGGCCAGUGGGCGGGACAUUGGCUGGGAGACAACUAUUCCAGCUGGGACCAACUUUUCAAGUCUAUCAUAGGCAUGAUGGAGUUUAGCAUUUUUGGCAUCUCCUACACCGGUGCUGAUAUUUGUGGCUUCUUCAACCCUGCCGAAUACGAGAUGUGCUUACGUUGGAUGCAGCUUGGAGCUUUCUACCCAUACUCCAGAAACCACAAUAGCAUAAACAAUCCAAGACAAGAUCCCGUGGCCUGGGGAGAGGAGUUUGCCACCAUCUCUCGUGAUGUGCUGAAUAUUCGCUACACCCUCCUGCCCUAUUUGUACACACUGAUGUAUGAAGCCCAUGUCCAUGGAAAUACUGUGGUCAGACCCAUGCUGCACGAGUUUGUCACAGAUGAAAACACAUGGGACAUCGACAGGCAGUUCCUCUGGGGUCCAGCCCUUCUAAUCUCACCUGCUUUGGACCCGGGUGUUACUGUUGUCAGAGCCUACGUGCCAAAUGCCCGCUGGUACGAUUUCCACACGGGUAAUGCUGUUGGGGUGCGAGGACAGUUUGUGGAUAUGGAAACACCAUUAAAUAAAAUUAACCUGCAUGUGAGAGGAGGACACAUCCUGCCCUGGCAGAAACCAGAGAAAAACACUCAAUUCAGUCGUAAGAAUCCUCUGGGUCUGCUGGUUGCUCUUGAUGAUGAUGGGUCGGCACAAGGCUCGCUGUUCUGGGACGAUGGAGAAGGUGUUGGCACUGUUCAGGAAGGAAAAAUCCUUGUGACAACGUUCAGUGCAUCUAAGGGAGUUCUAUCAAACAAGAUCAUCACAGAUGACCUAACUGACCAGGCUGACAAGUUGGCCCUGGGUGUUGUGAAGGUAUGGGGUGCAGGAACAGUGCCCAUCACUCAGGUUAUCAUGAGCGUUCCUGGGAAACCUGACAUCAAAUUGGAUUUCACACAUGACUCGGCAACAGAGGUGUUGGAAUUUGACGCAACAUCACAAUCUCACACCCUGGUAAACACGUUCACCAUCACCUGGAUGACAAUAUAGACAUAAACGCAUGUCAUCUACUGAAAGGCGCUUGGGAAAUUAGCAAUGCAGAAUCAUUUUUGUUUAUUUAUGAAAGAUGAGUCGAGCAACAGUACAUAUGUGUGGCAAUGUGAUAAUUAUACAUUUACAUAGCAUUUACUUGGGGAGCUUUUUGUGGUAGAUUAUGUUUACUUUAAAUGUAACAUAUAUAAUUAUCUC